UUGUCAAAAUAAUAUUUUUUAGUUUCAUUUUUUCAAUUUUUUUCGACUUCAAUUUACACUGAAAUUAACAAUUUUAUUAACAUAAUAUUUAUUAACGUAAUUAUGUGAAUUUUCUGUAAUUUAUAACAAUCGAUCUCCAAAAUAAAAUUUUUAAAACUAAAUAAUUAUUUAUUGAAAAGGAGCAUAGUGGUAAACUGGUGGCAAGUUAGCAGGAGGAAAAGAAAGGUUUGGUGAUGGCGAGGAGGCGUCUUCUGCUGCUGCUGAAGCCCUUUGACGUCUUUCUAGCCCCCACAAAUAAUAAAUCUGCUCUCUCUGCCGCCAUUAAAAACAGCCCUUCUUCUAAGGUGUUAAGUUAUCUGGAAGACAGGCGGAUGGUUCAUAAAGAAGCUAUAAACUUUUGUCAGAAUAUUUUGCGGAAAAAGUAUGUUGACUGGAAGCCUGUUUUUCGAAGUGAUCUAUCACAACCAAUUCGUGAUGUGGACCUAGUUAUUACUGUUGGUGGUGAUGGCACACUUUUGCAAGCAAGCCACUUUAUUGAUGAUUCGGUUCCUGUUCUUGGAGUAAAUUCUGAUCCCACACAAGUCAAAGAGGUGGAAGAAUGUAGUAAUGAGUUUGAUGCUACAAGAAGCACUGGGUACCUUUGUGCAGCAACUGUCAAAAACUUCGAACAAGUAUUGGAUGACAUUCUUGAGAAUCGGUCUGGUCCUUCUGAAUUGUCAAGAAUGUCAAUUCGGAUAAACUCUGAGAUGCUUCCAACGUAUGCUCUAAAUGAUAUUUUAGUUGCGCAUCCAUGUCCUGCAGCAGUAUCCAGAUUCUCAUUCAAAAUUAUUAAAGAUGGCUCAUCCUGUUCUUCAUUGGUAAACUGUCGAUCAAGUGGUCUCAGAAUCUCUACUGCUGCGGGGUCAACAGCUGCAAUACACUCGGCAGGUGGAUUCUCUAUGCCCAUUCUAUCCAAGGAUCUUCAGUAUAUAGUCAGGGAACCAAUUCUUCCUAAAGCAGCAGACUCCAGCUUAAUGCAUGGAACAGUGAAAUAUGAUCAGUCCUUGCAUACAACAUGGUUUUGUAAAGAAGGGCUUAUCUACGUUGACGGUGCUCAUACAGUCUAUACAAUCGAACAUCAGGAUACAGUUGAAUUAUCUUCCCAGGCCCCAACUUUAAAAGUCUUUUUGCCUCACCACUUGGUAAAAUGAUCAGUCCCCAACUUGAACAUUAUUUUGCCUCACCACAUGUUACUGCUGUAGCAAGACUAAACUCGUCUGUGCAGGAUAUGUGGAAUAUGUUAAACAGGGGGAUGAAACUGACUAGCCGUCGGAAAGAGCUAAAGAUGGUGAACUGAAGGCUCGAAUAAGCACAUUGUGGAAGGCGAAGGAAAUCGAUGAAGGAGCAUCUGUAAAUGUAAAUCAGAACUCAUCAACUCUCUCACCAGAUUCUCAUCUGUCAAUGUGGGACAAACACAGUAUAGUAUAUCUUAAUACGUAGAUUUGUCCGAACUUUGAAGUUAUUGUAAUGCCCCCUACCCCAACUCCGGAAAGUGAUCCUCCCUACCCCAACUCCGGAAAGUGAUCCUAUGAUACAACCUGAAUCAUGGAAAUUUAGAAAACAUCUAAAAAUUUUGAUAUAUAACAUUUUCUGAAGUUAUUGUACUGUCAGAACUUGGAUCAUGGAA